CUGCCAGUGUGAGAAUGAAGAUCUCUGUGAGUUUUACGCUGUGGCUGCUGCUCGGCUCCAUCUCCCCAAGUGAAAGUACCGAUUAUCAGAAGAGUUUUCCUCAAGACAUCUAUGCUGUGCUGAGAGAGAUGACCGCCUCGUUGGUUCAACUGAAGGCGAACAUGUUGCAGACUCAAGAACAAGCAGCACAGCUGAAGACUGAAAUGGACAAGCUGAAGACUGAAGUGGACAAGCAGAAGACUGAAGUGGACAAUCUGAGGACUGAAGUGGACAAGCAGAAGACUGAAGUGGACAAGCAGAAGACUGAAGUGGACAAGCUGAAGCAACAACAGAUAGUCCAACAGGUUGCGUUCUCAGCCUCUCUGGUGCCUAAAGACCAAAGAGCAACUACUGGACCCUUUCCCUCACUCACUACCCUGAUCUACAAACACGUUGUCACCAACAUCGGAAAUGUCUACAACUCAAACACAGGUGUGUUCACUGCCCCGGUGAAAGGAGCGUACAACUUUGAGUGGUGGGUCGGUGCAUUUGGAGACAACAGCCACGGUUCAGGUGCUUGGUUGGUCAAGAACUCAGACCUACUUUUCAUGAACUUCGAGCAACAGGCGGACGGUUUUAUGAGUUCCUCUAAAGGCAUGACGCUGCUGCUGGAUGUGGGAGACGUCGUCUUUAUCCGUCUGCAGACUAACACUGUUGUGUUUGAUGACGGAGGGCACCACACCACCUUCAGUGGGUUUCUGCUGUUCCCCAUGUAAGACAGAAACAGCAGCUAUGAGAUAGUCACACAGGUUUUUGUUGUCUUAAACAAGUCUUCAUAUAUAGCUCUUCAUAGAUUUGAUCUGAUUUCAUUUGCAUCCAAAUAUUAAUAAGUAAUAAUUGUUGACAGGAAUCUUUUUUUCCUUCAAAUAUAAAGUGAUUAAUGUUCCUGAUUCUCUCUUGUUUCUGUCAUUUUAAUCAA